UUAGGAGUGAAAAUGGAGAAACGCUGUUUGGACUCGGGAGUCAAAGGAGUCAGCACAGGGACAACCAUCUUGGCUGCCAUCUUUGAUGGAGGGGUCGUGAUUGGUUCAGACUCCAGAGCUUCAAUUGGAGGUGAAUAUGUGUCGUCAAAAACCAUCAACAAGGUGAUUCAGGUUCAUGACCAGAUCUUCUGCUGCAUGGCUGGCUCACUCGCAGACGCUCAGGCCGUCACCAAAGCUGCUAAAUUCCACCUGUCCCUCCACAGUAUCCAGAUGGAGACGCCUCCCCUGGUGAUUUCAGCAGCAUCGGUGCUGAAGGAUCUUUGUUAUAAAAACAAGGAGGAGCUGCAGGCCGGCUUUAUCACAGCAGGCUGGGACACGAAGAAAGGACCACAGGUAUACGUCGUAUCACUGGGUGGGAUGUUACACAGUCAGCCUGUGACCAUCGGAGGCUCAGGCAGCACUUACAUCUACGGCUACGUUGACGCCAAGUACAAACCCAAAAUGAGCAGAGAAGAAUGCCUGCAGUUUGCCACUAAUGCUCUUGCUUUGGCCAUGGGUAGAGACAACGUCAGCGGGGGCGUGGCUCACCUGGUGGUGAUCACGGAAACGGGGGUGGAGCAUGUGGUUGUUCCUGGAAACAAGCUGCCCAAGUUCCACGAUGAAUGACAACAACCAUUACAGUUUAAAUGUUGAAUUUCCUAAAUCACAGGUUUGAUUCUAUUUCUGUGGAAUGUAACAACACAACACACAAUCCGAGGAACAAGAAAA